GCUCGAAGAAACAGGGUGAUUCUUCCCACCAAAGAUUAUAAGAUUAAGCAGAUACAAUGAGCCCUAAAAUCGAAAUCGUAUACAAUCGAAAGAAGCGAAGGACGUCGUCUGAUACAAUGGAACGAAGGACGAAGAAGAAGAUGGAUCAUUCAACUGUAGAAGACACUACAAAUCGACCAAAAAUUAAGAAAUCAACCUCUGAUUUUAAAAAAGUCAGGUCAAGCCAUCGGCUUAGGGGCAAAAUGUACAAAUCACGUUUCAAAAACACGAUUGACAGACCAUUGGUAUGUAGUGACUCAGAAACGUCAAAUAAGGACGACAAAGAUGGUGAUGAUGGGAUGAAUGAUGUAGGAAAUGCGAAAACAAGAGAAGAUGUUCCGCCGUCGAUAAAAAACACACAAUACCAGGAUGUUAAUGAUAGUCAACUUGUCGUACACCCAUCCGUCAAUAUAACAUCAGAAAAAGAUCGGCUGCGAGACCCGGAUGACGAUUUUGUCGACACCCCACCACCGGGUAAAUGACGGAAAUCGGCUGCCAAAAGAGGAACGUCUCGUGGAAUGCAUCAACAAGUGAGACAGCCAUAUAAGCCAUUCACGGGUGCACGGAUCAGGCCAAAAGUAGGUAUCGACAAUCUGAUAACACUAGCAUCCGGCCUAAAUGAGGAACAACGUCAGAAAGUGGAUGAAAUUGGGUUUGGGUCGAUAUUUGGUUAUAAGGUGACAGGUGUGCCUACUACUUUGGCAAACUGGUUGGUUACAAAUUACGACCCAGACAAUGGUAUUUUAAACGUGGACGGCGGGCGCACUGUAAACAUAUCGUCGGAGCUUGUUAGGAGUGUUUUCGGACUGCCUAUGGGUCCAACGGA